GUCGGGGAGAAAAUGGAGGCUCAUUUCAGCAUAUUUACCCGGGCCCUCCGUCAAAAGUGAAUUUUACCCGCUUAUCCUACGUGUACCACAGCCGAAAAGCGUACACAAAGCUGCCGAAAAAAACAAACCCCCAAUCGUUGGAUGGGAUUUACUCUCGAAUCCGAAAACUGUCCAUGCCGCUUCUAUCACAUGGCACACACUGGCAGCAGCAUCAUGGCCUGGGGCCGCAGCGCCCUCGUGACCCUCCCGCCUUUCUUGGAAUGAGGUGGCGGAACAUGAAGCCCUGAACGACGCACCGUGGGACACUUGUAGAACCGCCACCUUCUUCACCUCUACCCCCACCUUGACAGCAGGCGCCAACAGAAACCACAGGGCAGACACAGCCAAGCCAACGUAUGGGAGACAUAACUCAUGCCGACACAGAGGACGAUUCCCAGUUUCUUUGGAAAAUCUCCACCUCAGAUCUGUCCUGCUGAGUGCUGUUAUCUAUUUGGGUCAGCCAAUUCUAGAAGGAUCUCUGAAAAAGAGAAGGGGGAGUGAACUUCAGUUUGUAUGUGUGUGUAUGGUUGUGUGUGAGAGUGGGUGCGUUGUACAGUGAGUGAAUGAGCGUGUGUGUGUCUGCUUAGAGUAGACAUCAAACACACGGGUGCCGACUCACAUUGGCGCCAAAAGCAUGAGGCCCAAGACAUUCCCUGCUGCCCCGUAUGUGGGCAACACGCGCCAGCGGCUUCAGGAGAUCAAGGAGGGACUCAAGCAGCCUGCCAAGCUGGUUAGCCAGGCGCUCCAUGGGGGCAGCUCACGAAGCGAAGGGGGCAGAGGGGCUGACUGCAAGGGGGGCAAGGACACGGCCAGCCGACAGCAGCAGCUCCGGCCACCCCAGAAGUUCACCAACUACCAGAAUGCGCUGCGGGAGAUCCGUAAAUCCCUCAUGCCCUUCGCUAAUGAGUCAGGCUCUUCCUCGGGGUCAGGCCACCCCGCAGGGGCUGGUGAUGUCAACCGACAGAUGCUGCAGGAACUGGUCAAUGCAGGCUGUGACCAGGAGAUGGCAGUGCGGGCCUUGAAGCAGACAGGAAGUAGGAACAUUGAAGCAGCCUUGGAGUACAUCAGUAAGAUGGGUUACCUGGAUCCCCGCAACGAGCUCAUCGUACGCGUCAUCAAACAGACCUCACCAGGAAAAGGCAGCAUGCCAAACUCAAUGGACCACAGACCCCCACUAGACGCCUCAGGGGAGGCAGGUGCCAUGCCUCCAUACCACCAGAUGGGGGCUUCCAUGUAUGAGGGUGCAGCAGCAUAUGGCCCUGAAGGAGAGAUAGCCAGGCCCUAUAUGAGUGCGCCACCUGUUAUGAACUACAUGAUGCCCCCCUCUAGUGGAGCACAGGGCCCUACCGUGGGCAACCCAAUGGGUCGCCCCCCAAGUAUGGGUGCCUACCCUCCAGCUAUUGCCACUCAGAGCAACCCAGGUAACACCAUGUAUCCCCCAGGGGCUCAACAAAAAGCCUAUCCUGGCAGCAUGGAGCAGCACGGACCAAUGAUGAGCUACAAUGUUCCCGGUCAGCCUCUUCAGCUCCAGCCUCAGCCACCGGGAGGCCCCAUGCCAGGCUCCCAUUAUGACUACAGCCAUGCCAGGCCUCACAUGAUGGAGCCCACAGGCUAUGGAGUCAAGAGGAGUGCCUCCUUCCAGAAUAAGAUGGCACCUCCUCCAAUGGCAUCACAGGACAACUAUGUCAACAUGCAGGGGAAAGGGGCCAUGGGUCAAAGUGGGCCUGGGCCUGGGGCUGGGGGAACAGGAGGGUACCCCACAAACCUAUACCUGCCACCCCAUUCCCAUCCCCGCCAGGCCAGCCCAAUUUCUCACCAGGUCCACAUGAUGUCCCGCUCCCCUGGCGGAGCUGCCACCGGCAUGGGUCCCGACUUUCCUGACCUUCCCCAGGGUCUAAUGACGCCCUCAAGAGCCAGCCUCAACCUGGACCUGUAUGAGCACCACUGGGCAGGGCCGCCAGGCCCAGAAGGGGGGCCCCCUACAGCCAGGCAACCCCAACCCCAGGGUCCAUUCAGGGGAGAGGUACGUGUCCCAAGCAGAACCAAUUCCUUCAACAACCGCUCGGCUGGUCCCAACAAUGUACGGCCUGCUAUGGCUGCUCCCUCUACAGCUGGCAAACAGGAGGCUUCCAUGGGACCCCCAAACACCAUCACGGCUGUGACAUCCCCUCCCAUCCAGCAGCCAGUGAAGAGCAUCAGGGUGAUGAGACCUGAGCCCAAGACUGCUGUGGGACCAUGCCACCCUGGCUGGAUGGCUUCUCAGGCCCAGGAUACAGCUGAGCCUCUCCCCUACAUGCCAGAGGAGGCUUACGCCCUGGAACCUGCUCAGGAGCUACGCUGCCCUCCGCCUCCAUACCCCAAAACCCUGCUCAUGCCCGGUGCAGCAGGUGAGCCAGGGACUCUUGAAGGGGGUGGAGCAAAGUGUGGAGCCCAGGACCUCAGCAGCCCAGCUGCCAGAGCCACACACGGCAGCAGUGGAGGAAGCGGAAAGGGGGAGGAGAGUCAGCAGGUAAAAGAAAAGACGAAGACUGUCAAGGGAGAGAAGCCUGUGAAGGACAAGAAACAGAUCCAGACGUCACCCGUCCCAGUGAGGAAGAACGGGCGUGAUGAGGAGAAGAGAGAGUCCCGCAUUAAAAGCUACUCACCCUUCGCCUUCAAGUUCUACAUGGAACAACACAUAGAGAAUGUGAUGAAGACCUACCAACAGAAACUGAAUCGCAGACUGCAGCUGGAACAGGAGAUGUCCAAGGCCGGCCUAUCAGAAGCGGAGCAGGAACAAAUGAGGAAGAUGCUCAACCAGAAAGAGUCAAACUACAACAGGCUGCGCCGCGCCAAAAUGGACAAGUCCAUGUUCGUCAAGAUCAAGACACUGGGCAUUGGCGCCUUCGGUGAGGUGUGCCUGACACGUAAGGUUGACACUGGCGCCCUCUACGCUAUGAAGACUCUGCGCAAGAAGGAUGUCCUCAACCGCAACCAGGUGGCUCAUGUGAAGGCAGAGCGUGACAUCCUGGCAGAGGCCGACAAUGAGUGGGUGGUGCGCCUCUACUACUCUUUCCAGGACCGUGACAGCCUCUACUUUGUCAUGGACUACAUCCCCGGGGGAGACAUGAUGAGCCUGCUGAUCCGUAUGGGAGUCUUCCCCGAGUUGCUGGCCCGCUUCUAUGUGGCAGAGCUGACACUGGCCAUCGAGAGCGUCCACAAAAUGGGGUUCAUCCAUCGUGACAUCAAGCCGGACAACAUCUUAAUUGACCUGGAUGGGCACAUCAAGCUGACAGACUUUGGCCUGUGCACGGGGUUCCGCUGGACGCACAACUCCAAGUACUACCAGAAAGGGAGUCAUGUCAGACAGGAUAGCAUGGAACCCAGUGACUUCUGGGAUGAUGUGUCCAACUGCCGUUGUGGUGAUCGUCUGAUGACCCUGGAACAGCGCGCCAUGAGACAGCACCAGCGCUGCCUGGCUCAUUCACUGGUUGGCACACCCAACUACAUAGCCCCUGAGGUGCUGCUUCGCAAAGGUUACACCCAGUUAUGUGACUGGUGGAGCGUGGGAGUGAUUCUCUUUGAGAUGCUGGUGGGACAGCCACCCUUCCUGGCCCCCACCCCAACUGAGACACAGAUUAAGGUCAUCAACUGGGAGAGCACGCUGCAGGUGCCCCCUCAGGUCAAGCUGAGCCCUGAGGCCAUUGACAUAAUUGGCCGCCUCUGCUGCUCGGCAGAGGAGCGCCUGGGGGGAAAUGGCGCAGGUGAGAUCAAGGCCCACCCCUUCUUUGACCAGAUGGACUUCUCCAGCAACUUGCGGCAGCAGCCAGCCCCCUACAAGCCUAAGAUCGCUCACCCCAUGGACACAUCUAACUUCGACCCUGUGGAAGAGGAGGGCAGUCCAGGUGCGUGGAGUGACAGUGGGGACAGCACCCGGGCCUGGGACACACUGUGUUCUCCACACGGCAAGCACCCUGAGCACGCCUUCUACGAGUUCACCUUCCGCAGGUUCUUUGACGACAAUGGCUGCCCCUUCCGCUAUCCCAAACCACCCGAGGUCAGCCAAGCUCCGCCCAGCAGUGGGGGCAGGACCAGCAGCAUGGGCCCAGAUGAAGAGGAGGAGGAAGAGGAGGAGGAAGAAGAAGGGGAGGGGGAACAAGAGGAUGAUGAACAGGAAGAGGAGGAAGGGCAGGGGGAGGGAUGUGAGCCAGUAUAUGUCUAGAGCCCAAGACUAAUUGGCUUCAAUAGUGACUGGCAUGUUUUUGCUUCAAUCAACACUCGACACCUGACCUUUCCAACUGCUACUGCUCUCUGGAUGUGUGUGUGUCUUCUUACAUCUGUGUGUGAUUGUGUGUGUGUGUGUGUGUGUGUGUGUGUGUGUGUGUGUGUGUGUGUGUGUGUGUGUGUGUGUACUUAACAUAUCUGAAUUUGGGCUCUAGAGAGUGUGAGUGUAUGUUGUGAGAGCAGGGUGAGCUAACAUCUGCUUAACAGUUCAGACACCAUUGUUAGAAAUCCACAGUGUAUGUGGAUAUACUACAACAUGCAACUCCCUAAUCUGGGACCAAGAGACAAUGUGCUACAUGUGGCUGACUGGGUCGAGGACGAACAGUAUUCAGUGAUGAAGACAGACCGUGAUAUCUUACAACAGGUCAAAAGGAGUAGAUAGGUUAUGGAGUAGGAGUAGAUAAGGAUCUCAUGAUCACAGAGGGUUAAGUCUUCACACCAGUGACUGCCUGUGAUUCUUAACAGGGGGUUAGUGAGUGCUCCCGUUGUAUCCCAUUCCCUCCACCCUGGGUCUUACAGAUGACUGAAACACCUCCAUGGUAACCUUUUGACACAGGAAGUCCAUUGAAAGUCCUUCCUCUUCAACCUGAGCUGCUUUACACUCAGAUUGUUGGGACAUGCAAUGUGAAGAGAGGAACCAGUUUACGGCUUUUGCAAACAGGGUGAACUUAUCGGGGUGUGCAGAGUCCAGUGUUCAUAGAGUGCACAGGGAACUUGUUAAAUUGUAAUCACACCUCUCACUGCGAUUUAAGAUAAAGCUAAAUAAGCUACAAUGUACACGCAUGCACACAUUCACCCACAUACCUUUUUGACUGUACUUCAUGUCCUCUAUCACGAAGACUGAACAGAAGGUUGGCCUUUGCAGGCGUUAUCCCCUUAUUUUUUACCUUUUGGGUGUUGCUUUAAAUGUCAUUUUGGGGUUUGGUGAAGAUAAUUUUAGAUUUGAUUGGAGUCACAAUUACCCUUCAAUCAGGAAUCUAUCUGGAUUGGCCACACAGCAAUAAGUUCAAUGCUGCCAUCUAGGGGUAUGAGAGAGAGCAUGUGUGUGUCCCUUUCAAAAUCAGCUGGGUUUAACUUGUAAAAAAAUGUCAUUGCCAUAUAACCAUGUCAAAGUUACUUUUUUUUAAUUAAUUGUUUACUUGGAGCCCUCUCCCUUCAUUUUGUGACGACUUCAUUGUUUUGUUCUGUUGUGAUGUUCGAAACCGAUGGCGUGCUACAGUUAUCUUUCCUGCCUCAGAGGUUGUUGUUACAUAUAAUGUGUUUAUUAAAUGGGUCCUGUUAUUCAUCCUCUACCUUAACAGUGGUAGAUCUGCCGACCCACCAUUUCAGAACUCGCCAUUUUGAGAAAUAAGAAAUACAGGUCCCUCAUAACACACACAGAUAAACCCAAACAAGUGUUGAACACAAACAUUCAGUGUUACCGAUGUUCUUAGGAGUUAAAUUGCUCACAUGGCGAACACAUCCAUUGUAACUUAAACCAGCCUCAGCUGCAUCACUGAGACGGUCAUGGCCAUGCACAACAGAACCAUGAAAGCCACGUGCUCUUACAGCAACAGGACGUGAUAGUAUGAUUACGUGCAAUACGAAAUAAGAACACACAAAUAUAGUUUUCUUAAUGCUUAAAAUCGUUUCAAACAUCUAGUGCUGAAAUGCGCUAUGUACAAAUAUAUCAGUUUUUAUAAAUAUAUAUUUCCUUACAGUUACAACAUGACCCAAUGCUGCUUAUUAUUGAGGUUAAUAUUAUUUACAUUAUGAUUGUUAUUAUCUUUAUUAUAUGUGUACUUGUUUCCUUUUAUUGUGCCUAACAAAGUGUUUGAUUGUAAAGUGUGUUUGGUUUGGGAAGUGAAGAACUAUGUGCCUUUUCUAGUUGAAUGUUGGAGCGUGCGUCCGCCGCUUAUUGACAAUGAUGAUCAGUGUUUGCAGAAUGUUGAUGAAAGACUCUCCUCCUCCUGCAGCCAGGCUGGUCCUGGCUGCAGGAGGAGGAGAGAGGGAGCGAGUCAGAAAGAAAUGGAGGGGGAGGGAGAGAGAGAGAGAGAAAUCAAAGCAAUGAGGAGAGGGAGGCAGGGUUGCUUUUCAUGAGAUGAAAAAAUUAAAAUGAAUGACUUGAUUUCUCUAUUUUACAAGACUGCUUAAAGUUAAAAUUUGACAGAGUGUUUGGUACAUUUUAUGAUUUUGUUGUUGAUGUUAAUUUAUCCUAAGUGAACACAAGUUUAUUUGAAUGUUGCUACACUUGUGCUUACAGACCUAUGCCAUGUCCUCUAUUGGAGUGCUGCCACCCAAGCAGGCUAUGCUUUUAUAAUCACCCAAGACUAUUUUUUGCUUAUUGACAAUCAGCCGACAUUAUUGUUUUUUUUUGGUUUUUUUUUUUUUUUUUGCCAAACAUCAAAAUAUUCCAACAGUAUUCUUUAUUUGGCUUUUAUGACUGGGAGGUUAAGGAAGUGAGGAGUCUGUUUGUUCUGCCACUGAUGAUUCAAGACGAUGUUACAGGCAGGAGGUGAACAAAUCUAAACAUCAGUCAGACUUGUUACACCUAAGCCCCCCCCCCCCGUUUUUCACUGUAUUCAAAUUUCAAAUCCCUUGUUUUUCCUCUCUAAAUGUGCCUUGUGUCCUCUAGGUGAGGCACGUAAACUCACCUAUCACCUUCCUAUCGUUUUUUUUUUUUCAUCCAGGGAAAGAUGACUGAUGUUUUCUCUUUGUUUGUGUCCCAGCACUAUCUAAAUUCAUGUUCAUACUGUGACAUUAACACUCGCACCUGACAGCUGUCCAGUACAAUCACAGACUCCCUCUGUUUGUGGCUUUGCGGCGCCACUGUUUGUAGUUGCUGGUUCAGUGCCUUGCUCUAGGGUUGGAGGAGAGUUGUGUUUUUUCAUUAUUCCCACCACAGUUUUUUUUCCCAGCUGAAAAAGAGAUUCAGAAAGGUGCUUUUUUUUCACUUGCAAGACUGUUUCUCUAGUAUCCAUGUUACAACUGGCCCCACCCCAUCCUAAACUACAAAUACAAGGGUUAAAAAGACACCCUCUCCAGUCCACAUUUACCAGGAUAGACAUCUUUAAAAAAAAAAAAAGGCUUUAUAUGAGAAACUUCUCUGAAGCAAUUCUCUGGGGUGUGUGAGUGCUACAAAAUGUGUGAGAUGUUUCCUGGAUGUUUUUUGUUUAUUUUAUUUUAUUUUUGUUUUUGUUUUACUGUUUCUAAGGUUAAAGAGUGAUGACUGACAAUCUUUGACUAACUUUAUAUGCUUCAGUCUGAUUUCCUAAUGGGACUUCCUUAUUUGUGUAUCCUUUUUCAUUUUGUAUUUUUACUCAAGGGAGCUUCUGAGAUCAUUGGUGCUCCUUAAUGUAUGAUACAAUUCUGUUACUCUUGAACUUGUAUUUAUACAGAUAUACCUAUUUUUUUGUAUCUUUUUGUUGGUUUCUUCCCCUUUUACCCCGUGCUAAUGUUCAAACAACCAUGUCUGCGCAGUAUUAUAGAUGAUGUAAUUUGGACAACUUUAUCUCUUUUUUACAUUUAUGUAUGAAUUGAGAAAUUGUAAAAAUGCUUUCACUGUCUUCACAUGUAAAAUAUAUGUAUAAAUUAAAUUAACCAACUUUGACGGUGUGGGGUUUUUUUUCUAUAAAGAAUGUAUGUGGUGUGACAACAAGUAGGUGUAUGUGGGCUACA